UGGGGGAUAAAGGCCCGCAGAACCGACACGCUCCCAGGGGCGGGGUAUCACAAACUUGCUCUGCCUUUUCUGGCGCUCCCUCUUGUCUUUCGGGUAGUGACAUGGACUUGGUGCCUCUUGCGUAUACGCGCUGAGAGAGGCUCCCUCUUGCUGGGUAAUUGUCCUCUGAAUUCCCAUGACAUACCGGCAGGAGGACUACAAAGAAUCUAUCAAAAUGAUGACAAAUAUUGUAAUUUUGAGCUUGCUUAUUUGUAUUUCAUUAUCUUUCUGGAUUGUGUCCAUGACAGCAAGUACAUACUAUGGUACUUUACGGCCUAUUUCUCCAUGGCGUUGGCUUUUUUCAGUUGUGAUUCCACUAAUGAUUGCUUCACGAGGCUUUAAGAAAAAGAGCCUGGAUCACAGUGGAGCUUUAGGGGGAUUAGUGGUUGGAUUUGUCCUAACAAUUGCAAAUUACAGCUUCUUCACUGCCUUGCUCAUGUUUUUUGUUACUUCUUCAAAACUUACUAAGUGGAAAGAAGAUGUGAAGAAGCGUAUAGAUUCAGAAUUCAAACAAGGUGGGCAGAGGAAUUGGGUGCAAGUAUUCUGUAACGGUGGUGUCCCUACAGAGCUGGCUCUGCUAUAUAUGAUAGAAAAUGGACCAGGUGAAAUUCCAAUAGACUUUUCCAAGCAGUAUACUGCAUCAUGGAUGUGUUUAUCCCUUUUGGGAGCUCUGGCCUGCUCUGCUGGAGAUACUUGGGCUUCAGAGAUUGGCAGUGUCUGGAGUAAAAAUGAGCCAAGGUUAAUAACCACAUGGGAAAAGGUUCCAGUAGGUACUAAUGGAGGUGUUACGUUAGUUGGCCUAAUUUCAAGUCUCAUUGGUGGCCUGCUAGUAGGUGUGGCUUACUUCAUUACGCAGCUUGUUUUUGUGAGUGAUCUGGAUAUAUCUGCUCCACAGUGGCCACUUGUUGUGUUUGGUGCAAUGGCUGGUUUACUGGGAUCAAUUAUUGAUUCAUAUUUAGGAGCUACAAUGCAAUACACCGGUUUUGACACACGUAUUGGCAUGGUUGUCAACUAUGAAACAAAAGACUCAAAGCACAUAUCUGGAAAACCAAUACUGGACAACAAUGCAGUAAACCUCUUUUCUUCUGUAGUCAUUGCUUUGUUACUUCCUAGUGUGGCAUGGGGUUUCUGGCCAAGAGGGUGAAAUUUCUUAAGUCUUUUAAUACAUAGUUCAAAUACACUUAAUAGGAAUCAAAGGUUUCUCCCAAAGCACUGUUUUUAGCUUGUUUGAGGGAGUCCUCUGCAUCCUUUUCAGAGCCAGAAGGAUUCACUAUCUUAAUUUCCUUAGGCUGUAAGUUUUAUGGGCAGCCACCAUCUUUCUGAGAAAGAGGACCAGAUGAGGCUCUGUUAAUAACCUGUCAGUGCUGCUCCUUAAUUGGACACAGAUUGCUACUUUGUAACAUGAAGCACUUAAUUUUCCCCUCUGGAUCUGAAUGUUGAUUUUUCUUUCUGGAGCUGAAUGCUUGGCCUCCAAAUGAUUUCCAACACCUGGCAGAAGAGAGAGUGAGAGACUACAACUAGAAAUCUAAUCUAGGUCUGCCAUACAACUACUAUUAACACUGUUCACCAAGCCACAAACAAAGUACUAUAUAUUUUCUGUAAUAUAGAGCAUAGUAGUAUUGAUAAAAUCACUGAAUUCUAGUUUAGUAUACAUUUCCCAUUGUCUGCUCAACAUUAUAGGUUUUAUAGAGAUGUAUGGAAGUCUUUAAAAAAAAAUGUACUUUAAUAAGCAUUGUUGCCUAUUCCAUGUUGUAUUACGUUUUUGUCAUGCUUUUGACGAUGGGUAGGAAAAAGUAAUGUUAUAACAUAAUGUCUCAGGCAUAUGACUAAAUUUAAAAUCAAAACUAACCUUUUUCCAAUAAGCAAAACAGGAAUAUAAAGCUCAUAUGAGCAGCAUUAUAAGGUACUUUUUAGAUUAAGUUAUUGAUAUUAAAGUAAAGAUUACAUUUUUUUUAAAUUCAAAAUCAACUGGUUAGAAAAGAUGUAACUUGUUCUGUAACUGUGGAAUUACUCUUUAAUAAUCUGAGUUUAAUAGCAUGUUCACCGAGUUGUGGUCUUCAUGUUCUUUCUCAGUAACACUACUUUUUUGCUUUAUAAAUUACUGCUCACUGGAAUGUUAAGGUGUUGAGGCCUCUAUUGUUGAUAAAUUAGUACGAGGUUUUCACUUUUGUCAUUAAACGACAGGUUAAAAAGUUUUUUCAGUUAACAAUUUAGUAUUUAUUAUAUAGAAUCAGAUCCUGCAACUGGGUUGCAUGUGUGGAUCCUUUUGCCCAUAUAGAGAUCAUCCACUUGGAUCCAUUUGAAGGAUAUGACUCAUAAUGUGUGCGUCAAAAAAAGUUUGUUCCAAUCUGAGAGCGAUUACCAGUUCCAGUGAUAUUCCCGGUUUUAAGUAUAGGAGACUUGGCAGAAUCUUUCAAAAGAGAAUAAACUAAGUGUGACCACCGCAUCCUAAUAUUCUUGUUGAAAAGCACUGUAAUGUGAAAGGCACAGAUGCCCUUACUGAUUAAUUAUAUUUAAUUUAGCUGUAAAUAAAUCAGUUUUUCUUUAUGAUAUAGUUAGGAUUUUGUGCUAACACAUUUUUUAUUUUGUUAAUGCCACUAGACAUUAGAGGAAGGCUCUUGGAAAAGUAGAUUAUGGUGAGUUCGGUAAGAAAGAGUGAAAACAUACUUUUGAGAGGGUUUAGCUUUUAAUUUAAACAUUUGUAUUGUCUGGUAUAUUAUGUUGCAGGAAUCAAAGGUAUCUUUUCAGAGAUUAAGGAGGCUUUUAGCCAAGUUUCCAUUGUAAUCUAAUAUGGAUCCCAGGACUACAACACAACACAGCACAACACUUAACAUAUAUCCAUAACACAUUU